UUACCCUGUACCACGCAUCCGGUUAAAUAAUAGUCAUCCGAACGCUGAUGUCCUCCACCCGUUCCACCGCUCCCGUCGCCACCAGCGCCUACGGCACCCGUAGCAACACGAAGGCACCACCCCGCCUGCUGCGCCAACGACCACCUGUGGACGAGGGCCCGCCUGGGAUCAACCCCGACGAGCCCGCAGCGACGCUCUCAGACUUCGGACACCGCCACUACGUCGGCGUCGACACCGCCCGUCUCCACCGCACCAACCUCUUCCGACCCGGGCUCGCAGCAGCCUUGCUCCGGCACCACCGGAACUGCCGUGUCGAACGUCUCGGACCCGGAACCCAGCACCGAUGGCCUCGUGCAGGCUGUAGCAACCGGCCCCGGUCGCCCUGGCUCCCCUCUGGACAGUCCUCCCGCGGCAGGCACCGAAGGCCCAGCAACGUCGUUUGCACCACGAAACUCCCCGACCGAUGUACCCCCUCCCGGUCGCCCCUCCCAUGUCCCCCCUUACCCCGGCUCCGCCGUCUUCCCUCCUGUUGCCUCGUCGACCUCAACGACACCACCUGCGGCGUCAUACGCCUCCAUGCUACGUUCAUUG